AUGUCAGAAACUGCCAGAAUAACCAAAAAAACAGAUCAUGUUUUACAAAAUAGUCAUGUGGAAUAUGAUAACAACAAAACACAAGAUACAAGUUAUAUGACUAAGAAAGCAGAAUUUAGCACAGAAAAUCCUUAUACUAAGAAACUUAGUCUAGAAAUGAACCUUGAUAAUGAGAAAGCAGAACAACCAAAAGCAGAAAUUGAAGCUAAUAGUAGCUUUCCAAAUAACAAAGAAAUAAAACAACCAAGAACAGAAACUGAAAUGAAUAAUAGUGCUAAAAGCACUCAAUUUAUGUUUUUAGAAAAAACAAUACAAAAGAAAGCUGCAUUAAAUAUACAAAAAAUAUAA